UGGAAUGAUCUCAUUCAUGCUGCUGACGUAUGUCUUUCGCAUCUUAUGUCAGGGGUCCAGCUUACAUAGGAGCCCAAUUCCACAUGAGUUCCACCUCCGAAUCGUCACAUUUGCAGGUGCCCAUCAGCAGCCUAAAACUGUAUCACGCCCCCUUGGAUUAUGCCACUUGAACUCGAAGGAAGUUGUCACUGUGGAAUUGUCCGUUUCAAAGUAUUGAGCAGCACACCUGUGCCAUACCAGCUUUGUGUCUGCUCUAUAUGCCGCAAAGUUGGGGGUGUAGGCGGUUCCAUCAAUCUGGGUGCCUAUGCGAAGACGUUGAAUAUAGCUCAGGGGAGAGGGCAUAUCGGUGUUUACAAAGCCGUUUUGGACCGCGACACUCCCCACGAAUCCAUCGCCUCAUCUGAGCGUCAUUUUUGCACGAAAUGUUCGGCCAUGCUCUGGCUUUACGACGAGAACUGGCCGGAUCUCUUACACCCCUUCGCGUCUGCGAUUGACAAACCAGAGCUCGAAGCACCCGAAGAGAUGGUCGUUGUCAAACUCGACUCGAAGCCCGAGUGCGUAAGGUUACCUGAGGGUCCCAGACAGACGUACCAACACUACGGACCCGAUUCGAUCAAGGAAUGGCAUAAGAAGCAUGGAAAAUACUUGGAUUAAAGUUGAGAAGUAAUGAUUCGAGGUUGCAUCUGCGUCUUUUGAGAAGGUAGGGGUAUAAUCCAGUAAUUGUUGAACGCCAAGCUUUCAGCAUGCCUUUUUAAAGACUGUUCGCCAUGCAUAUUUUAUGAUGUAUAAACUUCAGGGACAUUUACGUACCUGAGCGGAGAAUCUGCAACG